AUGACAGGCGAAACCCUCCAGCCGGGCCAAGCCGACCUGCCCUCGGCCAAGAGCACGGCGUCGUACUGGCACCGCGAGCCUUCCAAGACGCUGCUUGGCCACCGGACCACACGGGACCUGCCGCCGACCGCGGACGUCGUCGUCGUCGGCAGCGGCAUCACGGGCGCGUUCGCUGCCAAGGAGUUGCUGGAGCGGGCUGGUGCCGGCGCUGGUGGGGAGGGGAAGAGGGUUGUUCUGCUUGAGGCGCGGGAGGUUUGUUCGGGGGCUACUGGACGGAACGGCGGCCACUGCCAGCCGGUAGCUUACAACCCAAACACCGCCAUCGCAACCUUUGAGCUCGCAAACUACGCCCACAUCCGUGACCUCAUCGCCAACAAUGCCAUCCCCUGCGACUGGGUCUCCCUCCGCGGCGUUCACGCCCUGCUGACGCCCGAUCUCGUCGACGCCGCUCGCAAGCAAAUCGCCGCAUUGCCGCCCCGCUUCGCGUCGCUCGCGCGCCUCGUCACGGACGCGGAGGAGCUCGCAGACCUCAGGAUCCCGGACGCCGCCGGCGCCGUCGUGCAGGAGGAGGCGGCAAGCGUGUGGCCCUACAAGCUCGUGUCGUGGAUCUUUGAAGAUCUGCUGCGGAGGUUCGGAGCGGACAAGGCUGACGUGGACACUUUGACGGGAAACGUCGGGCAAGGUGUCUCCUUCAACAUCCAGACCUCCACGCCCGUAACACGCCUCCAACACCUUGCCCCCUCAACCCCAUCCGGCACACCAUCAUGGAUCCUCCACACCCCUCGCGGCCAAAUCGCCACCGCGCAAGUCCUCCUCGCCUCAAACGCCUACACCUCGCGCCUCCUCCCCCGCUUCGCAGACCUCGUCGUCCCCGUCCGAGGUCAGGUCGCCGCCCUCUUCCCGCCCCGGCCGCGCGCCGAGCUCGGGAGGAGCUAUGUCUUCAUGGCGAGCUCCGACGCUGCGAAGGGUGAGCCGAACCAGGAUGAUUACCUCAUACAACGGCCCGGCCCCGGGCUGGAGAUGAUUCUGGGCGGUGGGCGGGCGAACGGGACGCUGCGCGGGGUGGGUAUUUCUGACGAUGACGAGGUUGAUCCUGUUGUUGCUUCGUAUUUGAGGCGGGCUGGGGCGAGAAAUCUUGAUCUUGCUCGCACUACUGAUACUGGUCGCACUAAUACGGUCACGGGAACAGGGCAGACGCAGACGGAGGCGCAAGAGGAAGAGGACAGCGCCACCAACGCCAAUAGCAAGAAGGAGCUACAAGCGAGUCACGAGUGGACGGGCAUCAUGGCCUUCUCGCGCGACGGCAGGCCGUGGGUGGGACAAGUGCCCGCCGGGACCGUCCUCGGCGGCGGGGAAGGGCUGUGGGUCUGCGCCGGGUAUACCGGGCACGGGAUGCCGCAAGCCGCGCUGUGCGGGCGGGCUGUGGCGGGUAUGAUGAUCGGCGGCGGCGGCGACGGCAGCAGCAGGAGGGAGGAUGACGUGGAUGGGGAGGAGGAGCUUCCGGCUGAGUUCUUGGUCAGUGAGGAGAGGGCUGAGAAGGCGAGGGCUUUGCCUUCCAUCAAGGAGAUGGAUGACUUGGAUAUGUUCUUGUUGUAG